GACUCAAACUACCGUCGCUAUCACCAGACUGGUUAAACAUAGCAAUUUGUUUAAUUCUUUCAAUAGAAAAUAAUUAUCAUCGUCAACGUAUUUCACGUUCAUCAUUAUCAUCAUCAUCAUCAAAUGUUUCUCCAUUAGUUGAUGUUAUUUAUACAUUUAUCGAAGAAUGGUUAAAUGAUGAAGAAAAAAAAAGUCGUUCAACUAAAAUUAAAUUUUCUUCGCCUAUAUUUGAAUUAAAUGAUCCUUCUGAACGUUCAUCAUUUAUUCUCGAACAAAUACUUGUACCAAUAAUGCCAUGUAGUUUAGUUGUUCAAAAAAUUUAUUCAUGCAAACAUAGUUUAUCUACAGUGAAGAUAUAUAUGACAUUAUCAUCGAUACUUGUUAAUGUAAUACGAUCCGGUUUACAUCUUGAACAUCAAUUAUUUUCGUUUUUUUCGAAAAACUCCUCGGACUUACUUUGUAAAUUGUGCAAUAGGGAAACUAUCCGACAUAUCGACAUGCUUGAUUGGCCCCCCAAUAUUAAUAAUAAAUGUUCAUGA